AUGGCUGCGGUUAACUGGAGCUCCGCCGUCUGCCACGCAGAGGCGUUGCAGCUUCUUGUCGGCACGGUCUUUCCGAGUGCUUCGAUUGCCUUUGCGGCCGCGAACCAGCUGCAGAUGCCCGUGGGAAGAGCCAUGACAGAUGAUGCCCUCUUCGCGCAACUUCACGAGAAGCUUCGGCAAGCUGAAACAUCUUCGCACCUUGCAAAGGAGUAUUACAACGAGCAAAAACUGCUGGUGAACAAGUUUCCGGUAUCAUUGCACAGUGCAUACCUACAGGCAAGGAAUGGUCCCACCUCCACGUCGUGUUCUUCUGAGCUCGCGGACGUCUGGAGCCGACUGUACCGCAGGUGGCCUCCACAGCUCGUUGCGGGUCGUCAGCUAUGGCGGUAUGACUCGGAAGACUCUUCCUUGCCGAGGAUGCCGUGUUGGACGCCUCACGCCGUGGUUUACGUCGGUGGCUUUGAAGCUCCCGACCUCCGUCGGGUGGUUGCGCCGCAGGUGUUUGCCCAGGUACCGCCCUUUUCUAGCGACACAAAGGUGCGCCAAACGGUGGGGGGUAAAACGUUUAACUAUCAGAGGCAGAAGGUUCCGAAGUUUGCCUCCAGGGUUUUGGAUGGCGCGUUUUUGCUGCGGGAGAAGGGGUGCGCCAUACACGACCCUGACCUAUUGGAGAUUGCGCUGCCGGUGGAUUUUACCUGCGGCAGAGCUUCCGCGACAAGCUGCCCCAGCAAGACACGGCGUGUUCGCACGUUUAUUUCUUUUGCCGGAGAUGAACCGAAUCUGCGCGCGCUGCAGGUGGAGGUGGAUCCGCUUCAACGAAGGGCACUGCGCCCCGCCUUUGGUUACUCGAUGGCUGCGCUGAAAUUUGCCCUUCCUCCUCCGUUGAUAAGCGCUACACGCCUUCUUCGUGAGUGGAAUGCGUCGUGGUCGUCGACCCCUCUCAGUGCCGCAUUCUGGUUUUCCGCAGUGGGGCAUGCGGUGGAGCGACGCUUGCCAAACGAUGCUGCGCGGAUGCGUCUUCUUUUUGAUGCAAAUGACUGUGGCCUGGUGGAGGCGUCCAAGUCGCUUGCCUUUCUUACAGCUUCACUUGUUAGCAGUAGUCCUCAGGAGUGCUGGAGUAACUUCUUUUUGCCCGUGGAGCGGCUUGAAGCAGAACGCGGCGUGCGGGAGCUGAUGGAUACCGUCAACCUCCUACCGGUUGCUCAACUGCAAUAG